GGAGAGGAGAGUGAGGGACUGAUAGAAUAGUUUCCACCGGCCACGGACCUCAACGCUGAGCCACUUCCACUCGGAGUGAACCACGCCCCGGGGGCAUGGGAUACUGUAAGCACCCCAACUGCCAUUACCCCUGUCAUGGAAGGAGGGAUGGACUGUGAGCGGGAGUUUUAGUAGGGUACAGGUUGACACGAUGAAGUUCGGGAAGAGCAUCUGUGUGCUCAACGUUGGGGGAACCCGGUACGCCUUCACCCGUGAGGUGAUCAGGGAUUUCCCUCUUCGGCGCGUCAGUCGCCUGCAUGCCUGCGCAACUGAGAAAGAGGUCCUUGAACUGUGCGACGACUACGACCGCGACCGGAAUGAGUUUUUCUUCGAUCGCCACGCUCAAGCGUUUGUGUUCAUAAUGCUUUACGUGCGCUCCGGUAAACUCAGAUUUGUUCCCGGAGUGUGUGAGCUGUCCUUCUACACGGAGAUGCUCUACUGGGGGCUGGAGAGCGCGCACUUGGACUCCUGCUGCCAGAAACGCCUGGACGACAGGAUGUCCGAUAUCGGACUGGACAGUCUGUCUGAGGGGGACAUCAGGGUGUCAGAUGAUGAGUCCCAGGGCCCGAGCGAGUCGGUGCAACGGACUGCUCUUACCCGCCGCGCUAGAUGUAUGGAGAAGAUGCGCAAAAUGUUUGAGGAGCCCAACUCUUCUCUCGCAGCGCAGCUUUUGGCUUCGGUGUCCGUGAUCUUUGUGAUCGUUUCUAUGAUAAUGUUGUGCGCUAGCACCCUGCCGGACUGGGACACAGCCAAGAGAAAUACUGUGGAGGAGCACAGGAUAGUGGAGGCUGUGUGCAUUGGCUGGUUUACAGCAGAGUGCAUAGUGCGCUUUCUGGUGGCCAAAGACAAGUGGGACUUUCUCCGGCGGCCGCUCAACAUCAUCGAUGUGAUUGCCAUCACCCCCUACUAUGUCACCAUGGCGAUGGCCCGGGCAGGGAUGCCAGGUGCCGGGCUCGGGGUUGCUGGAGUGAUACUGCGGGUGCUGAGGAUGAUGCGAGUGUUCUGGCUCAUGAAGCUGGCCAGACACUUCCUGGGCCUGCAGACGCUGGGGCUAACACUCAGGCGCUGCUACCGGGAGAUGGUCAUGCUGAUGGUGUUUGUCUGCGUCGCCAUGGCAAUAUACAGCGCACUCGCGCAGCUCUUGGAGCAUGGCUUGGAUUUGGGCACUCAGAACCAGGAUUACGCCAGCAUCCCAGCCGCAGCCUGGUGGGUCAUCAUCUCCAUGACUACCGUGGGCUACGGGGACGUGUACCCGGUGACCGUUGGAGGACGGGUGCUCGGGGGAAUGUGUGUAGUGAGUGGCAUCGUACUCCUGGCGCUGCCCAUAACAUUCAUCUAUCACAGUUUUGUUCAGUGCUACCAUGAACUCAAACUGCGCUCGGCCAGAUGCGCGCGCAACCUGUCAGUGGAGAUGCUGCGGUGAACGGGCGUGCAGACCAAACGUCCGUGACCCCGACGACAUCAGAAAGAGACUCGAUAAACCUACAGACCAGCUGAAAUAAUGGUCAAUACAUGGUUCCCUGCCUGAGCAGCACGAGAUUUUAUUUGCCGCGUAGUUCCUGCCCGUUGCGCUGCUGAUCUCUCAGCCACAGCAAGCAUGCUCGGUGACUGCCUCCUUAACAACACACCAUCAGAAGAUAAUAAUAGGAAUACACAAAUAAUUAUUUAUUUAACGCACGCAGGUGCAAUCAAUCCAGUUUUGACAGUGGCUGCUGUUUACACUGUAUUCCCAUGGUAACAACGCGGGCAGCGAUGGCUGCGUCAAGUGCAAUGUGUUUGUGCUUGCCUGGCCAUCCGCCGUCCACUUUGUCUAAGCUUUGCACCCAGAUGGUCCAAGUUACACAAGAUUGAUGUGUGACCUAGAUGCAUUCUGCUAAACCUGUGAAAUAAAAAGAAGGAGUGAACAAGGGAGUGCAAAGUGGGGAUGGAGGAGGGGCUGCGCAGAGGGCUUACCGUGUGGGAGUAGCUUAAGCCAAGGCUAAUGAAAAUACAGACGGGUCAGUAAGGUCUAUGAGGUGGCAGACAAUGUGACAGGGCAGAUAUGAUAUGAAGUGGAGGAUAAGAGAUUACGGACCAAACCCGGCGGUACGCGGAGCGAGCCUGAGCGCAAAGAAUGAAUAGAUGGAGUGCGUAUUGCUUCUGUUUUUGUGAGUGAAUGAGAGGCAUUUUGUGUUUCUGCGUCUCCAAGGCAACCUCAUCCUCCGACGUGUCAAUCACCACGGCAGUUGAUUUGUGUGUAAAUAGGCCGCAUGCACACACACACGCACUCCCGGUUUCUCAUCUUGUGACUCGAGGGAACGGCGCACCGCGCGACUGGUUGAAAUAACGACCAAAAAAAAAAAAGAAAGAAAGAAAAAAGAAGAAGCGAGCGUGGAAAAAAAGUGAACAUCCGAAGCUGUCAGAGAUGAUGGUUCUGACAUUCGUGAUUCAGACAUGUUUGUGCUCUUUGUGGUUUGCCAAGAGUAUACGAUUUGUUGAAGAGACACAUGAUCCAAACAAACAAGUCAACACCUCUCCCACACAACAGUCUUUCUCUGCAUCUCCUCUCCUCUUCCUCCUGUUGCCAUCAACUAUCCUUUUUUUUUUCCACUUCAAGAUCCUCUUCUUCUUCUUCUCCUUCUUCUCCCGCAGAGGAAAUUAAACAAUUAACGAGCCUGUUCGUUAUCUGUCUGUCUUUAAAUUUAAAGUCUGUUAUUUCCUUCAUAAUCGUUGUGGCCUCCGUACUAUGUUUCUGCAGACAUCUCAAUAUCCUUGUUGUUGUUACUGGUGUGCUUUUUAAGUGGUUUUACUGUCAUAAAAUGAAACACAAUCAGUACUUUAUUACCUACCUUAUAUUGCAUAAACCAUGUAGCACAGUUUAUAGCCCGGUGAAUUUUUGGCCUACCCUGAUUGAGACCAUCAGUCAACACAUUUUCAUCAUUACAUUAUGGCCUUGUAAUUAAUGUGAUCAAUGUAUGACCUUUUAUAAUAAAACUACUCGGUGAAAAAUGUCUGUAAACGUCUGAUAGCAUGUUACAAAUCAAACUGCGGUGUAAGAUUCCAUCAUCUAGCUUUCAAGGCACGAGAACACGGUUUUAAGAUUUGCACAUUCCUCAUCGUGCGGCCUAAAAUAUUCCUCCUAAUGAACCGAAUCAACAAAACUAAUUAAUGCGACACUGAAUGACCUCAAGACAUGAUUCAUGGGGAAAGAAUUUUAGGAGGCUGGAGCCUCACCGUAGGUAAGUGUUUGUGUGUGUGUGAGGAUGCACUAUUUAAACCCCUGCGCCUGCCUCCCGUAGGCAAUAAAACCAACAUCAUUUGAUGUUACAAACACCUGCGCCCAUUGGCAAGGGCAUUCAGUGCACUCAUCACAUUCACACUGGGGUGAGCAUUGCACCAUAGUCUGGUUCACAAAGUACUGCCAUAAGGGUAAAUCGAAUCACAAACUUCUGCUAAAGUGCUCUCCGGGUUCAAACGUGCUACACGUGUUGAGCAUCAAUCAAUGAGCUUUUAUAGCUGUCUGUGAACUCACUCAGCUCCUUAAGUUAUAUUCACACCUGAGGUAAAUAAAAAAUAUGGAGAGACAUCUCAAUAUUUAUUUUUUUUCUCAUAAAUCCUGCUUCAGUGCUUCUCGCUGUAGCUUCUACAAGACUAAUCUUACUGACGAUAUGAAUAAAAUUCUCAUUAAAGAUAUUGAUUCAUCUAUGGCUACCUUUUCCUGCUCUUGGUUAACAUUUCCGCCCUUUCUUUAUGUCCAAAUGACUUAUAUUCUAGUCAACUGCAAACAGGAAUAUUUCAUCCUGAGAAGAGGGAAAGUGCAAGUACCUCAAAAUGGUACUUAAAGGGAUAUAUUGUGCAACAUCCUUUUUUAAAUUUUAUUUUGUUUUAACCCAAUUAUUCAUCACCAGUGUAUUUAGCAGCCCCUUGGGAUGCCAUAAGGGGAUAAACACCACAUCCAGGCUCUAAAAUGAUAUCAUAGCAGAAAGCUGGGGAGAUUAAUUUAACAUUAGCCACCUAUAUGCACAAUGUGUAUUGCAGAACAUUCAUCAACUAACCUAAAAAUAAAAAAAAAAUGUCAGACCAAAUCAUUAAUCAACCAUUUGGAAAAGUCCCAAGUCAUGUGUGGGGACUUGCAGGAGUCGGGGUCAGACUCUGAUUCAUAGUACAUGAAUUAUGUGAAGUAUUCAUGGUGCAGGUCACUUCCAGAAAGACAGACAAGAGCAGCUACAAGUACGGAAAUGGCCUAUUUGAGUGGGGACUAUAAUCCGGGGUAUUCAGGAAUGAAUCAUGUAAUUUAGAACUGGAUCUUGAAAGACACACAUUACUGACCAGUGUUGCCGUUUAUGCCAAUGAGAUUGGACUGAGAAAAAAAAAAAAAAAAAAAAAAAAAACUCUUCUCUUGUAUAUUGCAAUACAGUACACAAACUACAUCUUCCAAAAUAAUACAAUGCUAGAAGGAGUGAGGGACAUAAAGAUUCAAGCAAACAUUUCACCAAAGCAGUAUACGCCCCUUUUUUUUCAGAAAUCUUAUUUAUUUAUUUAAUCAUUGUUGUGUCAGAUACUGGUCUCUAGCUUUGGCAACAUAUAUUCUAAGACAUAUAUGAAAAUACCUCGAUGUCGAAUUUAAUUUCAAGGGGGCUUUAAGAAAUAAUUUAACUUCAUUCUGUUGCUUUCUUUACUUUGUGUCCUGGUUUCUUGGUAAUUGCUACGAUAUUUUAUUUUUAUUUCUGUUCUUUCUUGUGUUAAGUCGCCUGGAUUUUUUUGUUUUUGUUUUGAAGAUAAUACGAAUCAAUAAAGAGAGAAAACAUGUCUU